CGAGCAGCCUGGGAGCUUCCAGCCCCGCGCGGCAGGUUGGGAUCAGCGGCUGGAGAAUGACUGGCACUCUACGGGAAUACAGCAAGACUAUUCAGUUACUUCCAUCUGUUGACCACACGAGGAAAUUGUCCACGGAGCUGAAAUACUUACUGCAGUGAUUUCUGACCAUACACAAUUAAGGUUGGAUGCCUUUGGGAACUUGAUGCAUGAAAUUUGCAUGACUCCUUGCUGCUUUCCAGUGCCCCUCCUUGGAUUCAAGCCAGCAUGGCUCACAUCACAAAGGUUAAUGGCUGUACCUCAGAAAAAGCAGACGUUGUGAACGGAGACCAUGACAAGGAGCAGAAAGGCCCUUACUGUGUGGAAACCCCCUAUGGUUAUCAGCUAGACUUGGAUUUCGUCAAAUACGUGGAUGACAUACAGAAGGGCAACACCAUCAGGAAAGCGAACAUCCAAAAGAGGCGGAAACCACCUGUGCCAUGCCCGGAUUCCAGGACCGCGCCGGGCCAGCCAAGCUUUUGGACUUCUACUGAAUCGCUUUCAUCCUCCAACAGUGAUGACAACAAACAGAGUCCCAACUUUCUCCUAGGCAGAAGCCUAGUCACAUCAACUCCCGUCCCAAGGCCACCUGCCCCGCUAGAGACCUCACCCACGUUCCUUACCGUCCCAGAAAGUCGCCAGCUGCCCCCGCCCUCCCCACAGCUCCCCAGGCACAACCUUCAUGUCACCAAGACCCUGAUGGAGACCCGAAGAAGACUCGAACAGGAGAGGGUCACCAUGCAGAUGACACCGGGCGAGUUCAGAAGGCCCCGGCUGGCUAGUUUUGGAGGCAUGGGCUCCACCAGCUCUCUCCCCUCUUUUAUGGGUUCUGGAAGCCACCAUCCUGCCUUGCAGCUUCAGAACGGAUACCAAGGCAAUGGGGAUUAUGGCAGCUAUGCCCCAGCGGCAGCUACCACCUCCUCCAUGGGCAGCUCCAUCCGCCACAGCCCCCUGAGCUCAGGGAUCUCCACCCCCGUGACCAACGUGAGCCCCAUGCACCUGCAGCACAUCCGCGAGCAGAUGGCCAUCGCCCUGAAGCGCCUGAAGGAGCUUGAAGAGCAGGUGCGAACCAUCCCCGUCCUCCAGGUCAAGAUCUCGGUCUUGCAGGAGGAGAAGCGGCAGUUGGCCUCGCAGCUGAAAACGCAGCAGGCCGCCUGGCAGGAUGAUGUGUGCGGGGUGCGGAAACGUUCUUACAGUGCAGGGAAUGCUUCCCAGCUCCAGCUCCUCUCCCGGGCCCGGAGGGGUGGCGGGGAGCUGUACAUCGACUAUGAAGAGGAAGAGAUGGAGAGCGUGGAGCAGAGCACACAGAGGAUCAAGGAGUUCCGGCAGCUCACCGCCGACAUGCAGGCGCUGGAGCAGAAGAUCCAAGACAGCAGCUGCGAGGCCGCCUCAGAGCCCAGGGAGAAUGGGCAGUGCCGGCCUCCAGAGCGUCGAUCGGUGGCAGUGGGGGGCGACGGGAAUAUGAAUGACAUCGUCGUGUACCAGAGGAGCUCCAGACCCUGCAAGGAUGCGGCGGUAGGAACAGUCACAGAGACGAGGAACUUGGGGGUCAGCGUGACAGAAGCCAUGCUGGGAGUGACGACCGAAGCCGACAAGGAAAUCGAGCUGCAACAGCAGACCAUCGAGGCCUUGAAAGAGAAGAUCUACCGUCUGGAGGUGCAGCUGAAAGAAACCACCCACGACCGGGAGAUGACUAAACUCAAACAGGAGCUACAGGCUGCGGGAUCCAGGAAGAAAGUGGACAAGGCCACGAUGGCCCAGCCCCUGGUCUUCAGCAAGUUGGUGGAAGCCACGGUGCAGACCAGAGACCAAGUAGUUGGCAGUCACGUGAGCACAGUGGACACGUGUGUUGGAACCGCCUUGCAGACGAAUAGCAUAGGCAUCUCCUGCCAGCCCGAGUGCCGGAGUCAAAUGGUGGGACUCGAGCUGCCCAUGAACUGGUGGAUUGUGAAGGAGAGGGUGGAAAUGCAUGAUCGAUGCACAGGAAGGUCAGUGGAGACCCGAGACCAGAGUGUGGGUGUGGAAGUCAGCGUCUGUGAAACGGGCAGCAACACGGAGACGUCUGGCAGCGACCUGAAGAGCCUCCAGACAAACCUGCACCUCAAGGAUGUGCGGUCCAUCGGCUGUGGGGAUUGCUCUGUCCAUGUGACUGUCUGCUCUCCCAAGGAGUACACCUCACGCAGCGUGGCCACGGAGGCCGUGGGCCAGGUGGAAGUUGCUGUCAUGGCCGCGCCUCAUACCACAAGCCAGCACACCAGUACGUCUUUGGGCCAGGUAGACCAGUCCACCAGCACCGACCCGGCCACCCUUGUAGACUCCUGCACCAACACGUUCCUCAGUACUUGGGACAAGCAGACCAACACCCAGAUAGUGGAGAUGCGGACGGUGGCUGUAGGAGAAGGCCGAGUCAAAGACAUCAACCCUUCCACCAAGACAAGGUCGGUGGGGGUUGGGACAAUGCUUUCUGGCAGUUCAGAGUUGGACAGACCAUCCACUGUGAAGACCAGAGAGUCAGGUGUGGGGCAGAUAAAUAUUCACGACAACUACCUGGUUGGUCUCAAAAUGAGGAACAUAGCAUGUGGGUCGCCACCAUUGACUGUGGGGCCAACAGGCAGCCGGAGGAGCGUAGGUGUGGGGGAUGAACCUAUAGGGGAGCUCCUCCUAGGGGGCCCUGAACCCCAGGUUGCAUCUGGAAUGAUGACCGGCUUGGAUCACUACAUCGAGCGGGUACAGAAGCUGCUGGCCGAGCAGCAGACGCUGCUGGCGGCCAACUACAGUGAACUGGCAGAAGCUUUCGGGGAGCCUUACUCACAGAUUGGCUCCCUCAACUCCCAGCUCAUGAGCACCCUGUCCUCCAUCAACUCUGUCAUGAAGUCUGCAAGCACCGAAGAGCUCAGGAACCCCGACUUCCAGAAAACCAAUCUGGGUAAAGUCACAGGAAAUAAUUUGGAGUAUAGCUGUAAGUGUGGAGGCCUUCAGUCAGGAGGGCUGGUAAGCAUGCCGACGUCCCAGCCUGAGUACAAGGUAGAGGCUACAGAAGAGAAGCCACUCAGCAGCCAAAACAGCUUCCUGUCUCAGGAAAAUAUGCUGGCCCCAGUGAACCUGACUGAUGACCAAAUAGCCACAGGCCUCUACGUAUGUACAAAUAAUGAAAACACACUGAAGUCCAUCAUGAAGAAGAAGGAUGGGAACAAAGAUUCGAAUGGCACCAAGAAGAAUCUUCAGUUUGUGGGCAUUAAUGGCGGGUAUGAAACAACUUCAAGUGAUGAUUCCAGCUCAGAUGAAAGCUCUUCUUCCGAGUCAGAUGAUGAAUGUGAUGUCAUUGAGUAUCCUCCUGAAGAAGAGGAGGAGGAGGAAGAGGAGGACGAAGAAGAUACUCAGGGAAUGGCGGAAGGGCACCAUGCAAUUAAUAAUGAAGGUUUCAAGUCUGCCAGGGUGGAAGAUGAAACACAGGUUCAAGAAUGUGAACCUGAGAAGGUGGAAAUCAGAGAGAGGUAUGAAUUAAGUGAAAAGAUGUUGUCUGCCUGCAACUUACUGAAAAAUAACAUCAAUGAUCCCAAAGCUCUGACCAGCAAAGAUAUGAGAUUUUGCCUGAACACCCUCCAGCAGGAGUGGUUCCGAGUGUCUAGUCAGAAGUCAGCGGUGCCGGCCAUGGUGGGUGACUACAUCGCAGCCUUUGAUGCUGUCUCCCCCGCCGUGCUCCGCUACAUCAUCAACAUGGCGGAUGGCAAUGGGAACACAGCCCUCCACUACAGCGUGUCCCACUCCAACUUCGAGAUCGUCAAGCUGCUUCUGGAUGCAGACGUGUGUAACGUGGAUCACCAGAACAAGGCUGGGUACACCCCCAUCAUGCUGGCCGCUCUGGCGGCCGUGGAGGCAGAGAAGGACAUGCGGGUUGUGGAGGAACUCUUCGGCUGUGGGGAUGUGAACGCCAAGGCCAGCCAGGCAGGGCAGACGGCCCUCAUGCUCGCAGUCAGUCACGGGCGGAUAGAUAUGGUGAAGGGCCUGCUGGCCUGUGGGGCUGAUGUCAACAUCCAGGACGACGAAGGCUCCACCGCCCUCAUGUGUGCCAGCGAGCACGGGCACGUGGAGAUCGUCAAGUUGCUGCUGGCCCAGCCAGGCUGCAAUGGUCACCUGGAGGACAACGCUGACACCCCCGGAUCCCCGUAUUUUCCUGGCAUUGCUCCUAAACUUGACAGUUUGAGUUCUCUUGAGUGGGAUGUUGGCUUCCAGGGGCUAACAGCUGGACAAGGCCUGCUGAGUCCAGCUGGCCUCAGAGCAGUGCCAUUGGGCACUCCUAGGCUUGGAAGGAAGACAUCUCCCAGCCCAACUCACCGAGGCUCAUUUGAUUGAUGAGAUGGCAAACAGCUCUCAUGUACACACCUCCACGAAGCUGCUAAUUGUUCCUGUUGGGGUGACAGAUACUGAAUGUCUAUGAGCUGUGCCUGAGCUCACCAGCACACAGAAGCAUGAAGGCCUGGGCCUGAGCUGGCUUUUUUGCCAGGGGAAACAGAGCAAGCAGGAGAAUGUCUACCCGGACACCCAGCCUCCUCUCUGGCUGUCUACUCUGUGCAGGGCCCGCUUGAAUCCGCGAUCUGUGGCUUCUGACUCUGCUCCGUUAUGUACAGUGGUAGAUCCGCAAACUAGCCUCUCUUCCUUCUCCCUGGCUCCCCUACAACACAAAGAAGUCACCAGGUUCUCUUUGGUUAAACGUUUCCACAGAUAUUUAUAUUUGCGCCAUGUGGAACCCAUUGGAAAACACUUCCAAAAUUUCAUUCCAGGGUGAUUUGGAUCUUUUUUUUUUCCUUUUCUUUUUCUUUUUUUUUUAAAGUAAGAUAGUUGAGAUGAUUCUUUUGAUCAUCUGCAACUUCAGCCCCUGGCUGGUAGUAUCUGGUUUUAGAAAUAGAAAAGAUAGAACCCUCAAAGCAUAUAAACUAACACAGGGAAAUAUUUCCAGUUGGUGUAUUAUAUGGGUUUUUAUAUCAAAAGAUAUCUAUGAAGUUGACAUCAUAUUUUCAACUUUUAUAUUGCAUAGUGAUGAAAUUCCUGAAGUUACAUGUAACAUCACACUUUCAACCAUCGCACAGCCCCGUCUAAUAAAGGUUGUGUUAGAAUUGGCUCUGUAUUUGCCGCUAGAGAAACAGCAUAGUUCUCUAUGUAUUUAUGGAUUCCUUUAUAAUGUGUCACAUUUACUUGGGUCCGGUAUGUAUUUAAAUGUUUGAAGUGCCUUAGCCUCUUGCCAUAUUUUCAAAAUAAAACUCCAUUAAGCUCUUG